AAUGGUCUGGUAUUGGAGUAUUGGGUCUAAAAGUCUUGUUUUGGCGAUAUACAAGGCCCAGAACCUUAUUUGCUCAGUUGGAAUCCCAAAACGACAAGCGACAUGUGCUUUGAACUUUCCAUAUGUAUCACUUUUUAAAACCUUAAAUUGUGAAACUUCAGAUAGCGGAUAUUGUUGA